CUAGUGGCUAGUGGUCAGUAUAUUCACGGCUGUUCAUGGAAAAGCACGUACAUCGCAUGACAUUUGACAACCAAACGACGCCAAGUUUCACUAAAUUUUAUUUAUAAAACUUGUGAAUACAAAAGUGCCAAAAUUUAAACAGGUUUUGUGUGGGAAAAAAAACAACAGCCUCAAGAUGUCAUCAACAACGCAAGUGUUGAAGAGUGUAGGACCAAAAUUGGUACCUUUCUUCAAGAGCGUAUCGGUUUACUUUGUUCUACUGGCAGACCAGCCGUCGCUUCUUACAGCAUGUAUCAAGUGUUUGCCUAUCAUAAGUCUCAUAUUUUUUGUACUUCUUCAUGGGAUGAGCCUAUCCAAAGAGUACACAUUUUCAAGGAGAAUACUGGCAGGUUUGGUGUUCAGUUGCUUCGGAGAUGCUCUCAUAGUUUGGCCAAGUUUAUUCCUGGGCGGGAUGGGAAUGUUUGCAUUGGCUCAAAUAAUGUACAUCACUGCUUUUGGUUUCGUUCCUCUUAACGCGACUCUAGGAGCGUCGCUUUACGCGAUUUGCGGACUGGUCGUAUAUAUAUUGAUGCCUGGCCUCAAUGGCGUCCUCGCUGUCGGUGUUCCCGUUUACACAGCCCUUCUUGCGACGAUGACUUGGCGCGCCCUUUCCAGAGUUCAGUCUCAGGGGGUACCAUGGACUUGGACGAAAUUGUGCAGUGGAAUGGGAGGCGUUUGUUUCGCUAUAUCAGACGCGCUUUUGGGAUUCCAUCACUUUUACGCGCCAAUGCCUUACGCCACGGUGAGCAUAAUGUUGACGUAUUAUGCAGCGCAAUUGGGAAUUUCCUUGAGCACGGUGGACUCAAGGGAAAAAGACAAGUCUCUGGCAAAGCGGUGAGACGGUUGAGAGUUUGACAAGCGACAAAGGAAAUUUUUUUUGGCAUUUCGUCAAGAUAACGAGUUCGAAUUUCACGAAAUUAUGAAUCGAGUUUUAGUAGCUCAAAGUUCAAAGCCUUGAAUUUGGCUUAACGAUAAAGAAAAAUGAUAAUUUCGUUCGUUUUAUCAAUAUCUAAAUUCUUACACUGCCGUGAAACAGGCAGACUUAAAUAACAAACGUAGAACAUAGAGAAGACGUUGAAUCGAUAAAGUAGUUCGUAUAUUUCUCGUUGACCAGUUAGAUUUUAAAAAUGGUUCCUAAGUCUGGAUGUUGACACGUUCUCUCAACGAUUUCUCUUUAGACGAGAAUUUAGGCUAGUCUGAAUUGCUCGUAAAAUUCUCAAAUUCCAGAUUGUUCAGAGAGCUCUAUUGUCGCGUAGUUAUAAACAUACAGAGAAAUAUGAAUGUAAAUCUAUUUUUUUUAACAAAAAAAACACUGUGAGAGAAUGGAAUUUUAGAAAAAGAAGGGCGAGGGAGAUAAUCGAAACAAAGGAGGGCGAAGCUCAAUUUGUGAUGGCGUGCAAUCACAGAAUUUGCUGCGAUCGGUUGAUUAACUGAUAUUGCUCGAACGAUUUAUCAGGAUUAGGGAUAAUUCGUUUGAUAAUACGACGAAAGAAUUGGGAGACGAGUGAUUUGUUUCUCAAGAGGAAAUUGAAAUAUUACAGUCGGGAGACAACGUGACAUUUUUUCCUUCCUUAAAUCCUUACGUAAUGUCUUUGACGUAUUAGAAUCGAAAAUUUGUUAGCAGAGUUUUGUAGUUUAACUAAACAAUAAUUAAUUAAAACAUAAACUAUCGUUCCUAAUAGAAGUAUCUUCGAUGAAGUUGACUUUUGUGUCGUUCAACCGCAACGAAAUUUUUUUUCUACACUGUUUAACUUUCUCCCAAAAUUCACGUACCGAGAAUCAAUGACGUAUUUUCUUGAAUUUUCAUUCGUCAAACGUGAUGAAAGCAUUUUAUCGCAUUCCUCAUAUGUGGACGUUGAUAUUAUCCUAAUUUUGAUUUCAUACUCAAUUACAAAAAACUAGAAUUUUUUAACUCCGAAACCGAUAGAUAAAAAAUUAUAGCUCUGAAGAUAUUUCUACUAUAUACAUUAUUUCUAUUUCUUUCGCAUUCAUUUGGUUCCUCAUUCAACUGCGCACGAUAUUUCUUCUUAUUCAUUUAAUGAUAGUUCGAAACGAAGAUUGAAUCUGUGUCUCGUUAAUUCAGUGUGUAAUUUAAGAUUACAAAAAAAUUCAUGUAUCUUCAAGACUGGAAAUUACGUCGUGGUUGUUUGAAAAUUUGCUGUUGAGAAGAACGAAAUCAAAUUAAAAAUCCAUUGACCAUCGAAUAGUUGAAAUAUUUAGAAAGACAAAAAAAUUUCUAUAUGAAAUGUAAAAUUUCAACGGUUCUGUGCCGAGUUUAUUUUUGCACGUCUCUGUACAAAAUGAUAGCAACGAUUUUCUUUGUCAGCAACAUACGUGACAUUGAGUUCCAUUUAGAUCCAGAUGUGCAUCUAUUAUUAGUAAUCGGUUAUGCAACAGGAUGUUCCGAUUAAACGUAAUAUAAAUUCAUCGCAUGCUCUGUAGGAGCGAUUGCGCCAUUCAAUCUACUCCUUUGUCGAACAUUUGGUUCUCUUUUCCGUGUUUUUUUCUAAUUCGUAAAUCAAGGGAAUCAUGGUGAAUUCCGAAAAAAAAACCUUUUUCGUUCCAUACAGAGGAGAUGGAAAGCAUUUGACUAGACAAAAGAGGUCAAAAACAAUACAAUAGACUGAAAUAUCGAGUCCUGUAAUCAGGGUACAUGCGAUAUGAAUUUAUAUAUAUUACACACACACACAUACACACCCACACUCACACACUCACAAAAUAUCACAUGGUUGCAAAAAAUGUAUAUAAAUUAUUUUUAUUAGAAAUUCUAAGACAAUCGAGUUGAUGACUUACAUUUGAAAUAAAAUAAUGUUUAUUUUCAUUACUACGUAUAAUCGUAAGUAUAGUUUUUAUUGACCAUAAUCUCACUUACUUUCAUAACACUGUACAUGUCUAUUGUUCGAGAUAGAAUACUGAAUCCUCUCAUGUGAAUUGUGAUCCUAUUGGACCAAAUCACACGAGUUUUCUUAGCGAUACUGUGCAUUAUGUACAUGCGGGAAACGUUAAAUAAAUUUCGAUGUAAAAAAAACGAAUGAAAAAUAAAUAUGUAUGUAGAAAGAAA